UAUAAAGCAUGUAAACUAUUUUUCUAUCAUUUUCUAUAUUUUUAAAAAAAUAAGUUUGUCGUUCUCCAAUCACACGAAUGGCUCGAUCAUCCUGUGAAAAUCUUUUAGAAGGUCUUUAAAUCUUUCUAAUAUUUCCAAUUAAGUGGAACUAUUGAUUUAGUCAGUAUAUCAUAGAAACAGAAAUUUUAUAAAGGUCUAAGGAAUAUUUAUUUUGAAAAUCAAUUUUCGCGUGCCAAUAUUUUUCAACCUUGACCAUAGCUACCACUGUUUGUAUAGAGCACAUAUGAUAUAUAAUAUUGAAGAUGUAUGCACUCCUUUGGAAAUUAAACUUUGACUUGUUUUAUAUCUUUAUAUAGUUUGAGGUUAAAGUUUAUGUCUUUUUUCCAAUAAUAUUAAACAAAAUGCUCGGUGAUAUUUUUUUCUCUCUGUAUCAAAUUCCUAUUGGAAAUGUGUCAGCGAAAUAACAAUCGGAGAAGUUGUUCACAGCCGUGUUGUACUCCGUCAUCUGUUAAAGUAUACAAGUCUAAAAAAAAGUAUCUUUUCUGUUCUGUUAAAAAGGGUAUGUGAUUUUACACGUCUGUUUUCUCUCUAUUCUUUUACAUGUUACCUUCCUAUUUAUCUCUACAACACCCAUUUGUUAGUUCGUGCUAUAUUGUAUGUACACCCCAGCAGCUUGAGGGAACGAUAUCUAGUACAUUAAUAUACAGUGUCACGGUUAUCUUCAGUGCAUAAAACUAAGCCUAUGUGUUUGAUAAAAAAUGUCUCUUCUAGGAAGUUCCCCUUUAUGAUACAUUUUUAUCGGUAAGAAAUAUGCAAGAAAAAUAUAUCAAAUAAAGGUAUUCAAUUUUUUUUUUUUUUGCAAUCUUUUAUUUAUAACUAACUUCAUAAAGAUCCGAAUACAAAGAAAUGCAAUAAUGUGGCUUCCAAUUUUUCUUUAAUGUAACCACCGCUUGAUGUUUUUUUUUUUUUUUUUGCACAUUUUUAUCCAAACAAGCCAGUUCUUCUAUUUUAUAUUUACAAAAUCUCAGAGCUAUGAACUCGCGCUUAGCAAAGAAUUUUGUAUCUAAAAGUCCGAAAAUGACAAGACCGGUUGGCAAUCAGGAAGUUGCGAAUUCAGUCGCUUGGCAUUUUUUCCUUAACCAGUUAAAGUUGCUUUUAUCUGUGUAGAAUGAUUCAUCAUAAUUUACGCCCUAAAGACGUAUAACCAUUUCCGGAUGACCUACCAUUUGGCAAUAAACAAUUCUAUCACAUUUUAUCUUAAUUUUAAGAAUCGAAAUAAUUAUUAGCAAAACCAUGUUUGAACACUAUUUAUACACUCGGGCGGUUUUACGAGCGCACUCGUGAAAUUAUUACUCCCGACGUAUAACCUCCCAUCGUGUCUUAAUAGUGUUAAAACACGGUUUUGCUAAAAAUUAUUUCUUAAUGGAAAUGAAAAGGGAGAAUGUAAAUAUUUGAUGUUGUGUUUCAUAAAAAUGGCAGAUAAACACACGCCUUUUCGAAAAUAUCGGGAAAAGAUUUUUUACAUUUCUCGUGUUAACACAGGACACGAGUAGCCGUUCGUUUGAACAAUUAUUGUGUUUUUCUGUAGUUUGACAUUAGCCGAGCAUACCAGUGUUGACUUAGAGACAGACUAAUGAUUACUUGAGAGCCGGGGACAAUGCUAGAAACUAGACACCACUGGCUGCCCGUCAUAAUUGCAGUCUAUCUACCCUUGUCUUUCGUCAUUACAUACUCAAUAGCCGUUGGGAACAAACAUGUUGAGCCCGGCUUCCCGUAUAUCAGUGAUACUGGAACCAGAUCUCCAGAAAGUUGUGUGUUCGGUCAGUUGCUCAACAUUGGUGCUGUUUUAGCGGGCAUUAUAAUUUACACAAGAUAUCGUCAAAGUCUGUACCAUUUUGAGAACAGCACAAGAAAAUAUUUAUUGCAUUUAAACACUGCCGCUUUCAUUACUGGGCUCCUUACCAUAUUUGGUGUAAGCUUAGUCGGGAAUUUCCAGGAAACAAAUAUUUUGGUAGUCCAUCUACUUGGUGCUUUUUUGGCGUUUGGUGUGGGUUUUGUUUACAUGAUACUGCAGACGAUCAUUUCUUGCAAGUCGGUCUCUUUUAAGAUUCCCGGAAAUUCUCUUUACAUCAGAAGAUUUCGGAUUGCUUUAUGUGUCGCUGAUUUUGUGUUAUUAGUUAUAUUGGGAAUAGCGGCUCAAGUAGCCAAAUCAAAGGGUCCUGGUCCUGGUAAAUCCAAACAACACUGGUCCUCGGAUGAACCUGGAUAUGCGGAACACCUGGUUGCAACAAUAUCGGAAUGGUUGGUAGCGUUCAUCACAGUGAUCUAUUUUGCUACGUUCUACAAGGAAUUCAAACAGUUCCGAAUAAAACCACCGGAAGUCAUCUAUUAUAAAGAACAACCGAGAACAGAAAUAGCUGUUAUUACUGGACAAAAGACAAUUAAGAUUUUUAAUUAAUAGGUAGAGAAUCACGUGACCAAAAAAUAAUCUCCAGAGGGCGUAACUUUGUAGAACUAAUUCAUAACUUUAUCCAUUCAUUUCGUAAUCGUUAACGCGUCAGGGCACCAACGUACCACUACGGUUUCUUCAGACAAGUUACAAAAAGAACAUUUUCAUGUAAUAAUUAUGAUUUAGUUAAUGAUUAUAUCUCAAUUUUCUGCGCAAAUUCAUCUUUUUUAUAGCCGGUAAGAGUAUCUAAGUCAUGUGAUUUUCGAAAAUCGUUCUUUUUUCAAAUGUAAAGAUUCAAGACAUGACGCUUAUUCCUUACAUAUCACUUGUUGUUCGUCUGUUGUUUUUGUAUUGUUAAAUUUAAUCAUCAUCAUUAUUUCUGCCCCUUUCUCUUCGUAGAAGAGAGGCAUAUUCCUUGUUUAUGUUUGUCGGUAUGUCGGUCAGUCAGUAGAUCAUUAUGCUUGAGCCUACAGCUCUCAAACUUUACAGGAUGAUUGUUUUCCACUAUUGUUUUGUGGUUUGUACGUCAAAAAUCAAGGUCACAGUAGACCUCAAGUUUUUCGCUAGUUGUAGAUGCGGAUAUCCGGCUAGAGAGUAACUGUUUAGGCAGUAAUGAGGCUUUGCCGAGUGACCAUCCAAACAGUUAGGGCUACCUGAGAGCCGGAUGAUUAAACCCUAGCCCUUCAACCUCUGACAGACUAUUUUUCUACCGUAUUGUAUAAAAGAUAGCAAACAAUAACUUAAAACAUUUUAAUAAAUUCUUAUCUUAAUUUAAGGUAGACGUUAAUACUGACGUCAUAAAUUACGUAACUGACAGCACUACUGUUAUCCAACAAGGCCUCCGCCUCGUAAUGUAAGACGAAUUUUCCCGUAUUAAAUUCCUGCCAAGCAUGCAUGAAGAAAUUUGCGAUCAGUAAAAGAGAAAGCUUUAUACGUUAUAGAACGAUUACCGGUAGUCAGUUGAUAAGCUGUACUGCUUUCGAGGUUAGUACAGCAAAGGUCAAAUUACUCAGUGACCGUGAGACUGAAAACGGUUUCAAAUCAAUAAUUGCAGAAAGCCCACUACAUCCAUGGUGCAGCACGCUGUGCACAUAGAAUGACUGAAGAAUAGAUGUCACCUACUGUUUCUCAGACUAUUAUGUCAAAGGUCAAGGUCACAGUCAAACUUCAAAUGACAAGAUCUUGUGGUCAGGCCCAGUUCGGGGUCAUUUUAUCAAUGUAAAGAUCACAGUAUACACGAGACAAACAGUUACAUACCUAACUACCUCCGACAGGCCAUCAUGGGACAUAUGUGCUUUACAAAUAGCUUUUGUUACUUUUGUAUCGUUACUUAAUAUUCAGAUGUGCGAACAUGACACAGCAUUUAUAAUGCAUGCAGUUUUUUCUGUGAUAUUUUUGUAUUAAACUGUUUAUGAAAUAUU